GUCAGUUGCACGUUCUGUACAACAGUUUGGAGUCAGCUGUGAAAGCAAGUGAGUUGUAUUCAGAUGUCGUCCACGUCCUCAGAUUAUUUCAAGAGUUCUUGAAUGAUCAUGGGUUGGUGCGCCUGUUCAAAGCCACGUGCUUCGCGGACGACCCACAAGCCGCGAAGGACUUCAAGCCUGGCGCGUCUGUUCACAUCGAUUGGAAGUGGGGGUAUCUUUCACGAGCGUUGGAUUCUCAGCUGCCGAAGUUCGUCGCGGUGCAGUCUCGGCUUUCGAAAGAGAAGAUGCACUUCGGCAGCGAGAAGGGAGCGCAGACCAGGAACCGCUUCCUCAGUGAUUUGAUCGCUGCGAUGGCAGAGAAAGUUGAUUUCGAGGCCAGCGCGGAGGCAUUGCGAGCCGUGGGGAAGACAAUCGAGAGGGGCGCCGCCUGCCGUGGUGCAUCGCAGAAGGGGCGGGACAGAUUGAUCUCUGAUCUCAAGCUUGCGACGUCUGAUCGAUUGUUGGUGCUCCUCGCGGAGAUGCCAGCAGCUCGGCGGAGCAACUUGUUAGCUGCAUUGGAGCAGAUCACGCUUCGCAUCGUGGAGGAGAUAUGUGACAAGACACGCCACCUCUUCCGAUGCCCGUACGUGGCCAUCGGCGCUUACUAUUCAGUCCAAGGUGGUUCGAUAACACAGGGGCGCAGUCUGCUCAAGGCGUCAAUUGACGAAUACGACGAGGCAAUGCGAGUUGGCAGUGGCGGCCAGCUCCACCGAGUUGCUCACAGACUUCACGCGCGCGGCACGAUUGUCCGCGAUGAAUCGGGGAAGUGGACUGCCAGUCUGCCUGAUCUUCCGUUGACUUCUUUCCCACACCUGUUCGUGAUGCUUCAGGAGUAUGCUCUGAUCAUGGCGGUCGAGCGCAGGAUCGAGGCAGUGCAUGCCAUGAUCAAAUCUGCUGGCUCACAUGCACACGGAUUGUCUUUCCCUUCGAUUUGCGCCGCUGUGAGGGAACCCGAUACAUUAGCGCAGCUCAAGACGAAUACCGACUUCUGGGAGUUCUGCGUCGCAAACUGGCGCUCCACCGCUUUGGCCUCGCGCAUCCUCCAUCUCCGAUUGAGUCGAGCGGAACUGGGCAUCAUGGACUUGAAGAGUAAGAUAUCAAGAAUCUAUCAAUGCGACACGCAGUCAGAGCACGCCACUUGCGCCGAAUCCAUUGGCGCGCUUAUCGUGUGGAGGGGUUUGACGCAAGGCCUACGGAGACAGCCGAUCGAGCUCAGGGAAGACACGAAGGCGUUCGUGAUGUUCUUGAAGAGCGUGUUGCGACCAGGUACUUACAUCAGUAUGCCGUCUGAGUUGUUUGAGAUGGCCACUGUUGCUGAUGGCGAUGUGGCGUUGGCAAUGGGUCACCCAGCGGGCAACGUCAUCGACGCCGUGCUGGAGGUUGUCGGACAAGCAACGCCCGGUGACUUUGCAUUGGGCCCAAACGUCGCCUUCGUGCGGGUCGUCAACAGCCACCCAGAGAGCAGGCGCAACGUAGCGCUGCACCACAUCAACACGAGAAGAUCAACUAUAGCAGUGACGUUGUUCGAGGUAUGUGUUCGCAACCCUUCUGCAAGGACCUCGCAUCUGCUGGCCAAGAACUCUGCAGUCAAACACCUGACACUUGAUCUGGCCGCUUUUGCUUCCAGCGUGGAGUGUGCGUUGCAGAACGUCCACGUGUGGGACGUCAAGGGGUGCCUUUCCACGGCCAGGUUGCGGCCGCUGCUUGCCACUACUUUGGACCUCCUCUUGACCGACGGGGCCGCCCAGGAGCAGCCGGUGUGUUCAGACGUUCCUGAUGACCGA